UCAAGAUUUAAUGGCCCUUGUCCUCUUUAACAUGUGGUUUGUAUGUACUAUGCCCAUCACUCUUUUUGUGCCUAAAAACUUUGGUAUAGCUCCUAAAGAUGGAGUUUCCCUAUCAACAAUGCAUAGUUUCUGUUAAGAAUUGUUCUUAUUGUUAUCUCAACAUCCUUUUACACUUUGCCUUUGCCAUUAGCUAUUUUCUUCGGCAACCAAUUUAUGGCUCUGGUUUCCUGGGCUAAGAAGGAACUUUCUAGGCUCAAACUCCAAAAGCCUAAAAGAUUGACACUUGAAACUUCUACUUCUACCAAAUGUAUGGCAUAUCCUUUGGUAUGGAGUAAUUUUGCCCAUCGCCGUAUAACCCUGUAUGCAGGGAUGGAGGUCAAGGAGGUGGUGUUAGAAGCAGACUUAAGAUGUGCCAACUGCCAAAACAGAGUUUCUACUGUAAUUUCAAAUAUUGAAGAUGUAGAGUCUAUCGUGGUGCAUGUACAAGAGAAGAAGGUGACUCUUAUUCGCAAAUCGGCAAGUAAAUGAUUUUGAAAUGAAAUUUAUUCAAACAAAAAAAUGUUGGAAUUUUAGAAGAAAUUGUUGUAAUUUAUGUGCAGAUGGUUGUGAUCAUCAAUUUGUGUGUCUGCUUGUUUGUUUCCUAAUCCUUUGUUUAAGAAUUACAUAGCGUCAGAAUGGUUGACCUACCACCUGAUGUUCUGAACAAAAUGAAUGUAUUAGUUAGUGAAUUUUUUCCUUUGCGAAUGAAGAAUAUAUGAAUAACAUAAGUGUGGUGGUUGAAAUGGUACCACAUUGCUAUGUGUGUCUGCAGACCGUGCCAGAUUCAAAAUUUA